AUGCUACCCGAUGAGAUCAUUGCGCAGCUCAUUUCUGAGUACCAAUGUCGCGACCAGCAGAUUCAUAAUCUUGCAGCACUCUAUAGCUCGCACCUCCCCUCCCCACCCUGCCUCGAUGUCUACGGUCUUACAGCGACGGGCAAGUCCUCAAUACUUGCAUCUUUCUUCCAACUAUCGAGCAUAUCACAUACUAUCAUCAAUGUCCGCGAAUGUAUAACUGCGCGACAUCUUCUCGAGCGCAUUGUCGCAGCUAGUGUUGAUGCGCUAGAAGAGUUCCACGAUGAGAAGCUUGAUAGGAGAUCAUAUGCGCGUACGGAGAAUCUGAGUGCGCUAUGUGUGCAUCUGGGAAACCUGUUAGAGGGGCGAGGGAAGUUUGUGCUAGUGUUGGAUGCGGUGGAUAAGCUCAGAGAGGGAGGGGGGACGUUAAUUGCUGCACUUGCGAGGCUAGGGGAGACGGUACCAAACCUCUCCCUUAUCCUCUCAACGACCCUCCCACUCACACCUUCGACCCUCCACUCCUCUUCUAUCUCCUUCCUACACUUCCCAUCCUAUACUCGAUCCCAACUCCUCGCCAUCCUCGGCGCUAACCCACCGAAAAUCUUCCUCACGCCUCCGUCCCUAGAAACGUUCCCCGACUACACGCCCGAUCUCGCCGCCGAAGAUGAUGCAUGGUUAUGGAAUCGCUUCCUAACCACCGUGUACGACUCGUUGUCGAAGCAUACAGGUAGGGACCUUAUAAGCUUUAGGAGCUGUGCGAUGAAACUAUGGCGACCUUUUGUCGAGCCAGUUGUUUCCGGACAAUUUGGAACUCGUGACUUUUCACGCCUGAUGGUGAACAGGAGACACUUGUUCCAGCUCGAAGACUCGGUUCUGGACCGCAUCCUCGACCCAAAUACCGCCUCCACCUCUUCUCAAACAGCCACAUCCACCGCGAGUGGACUUCCCGAACCAGCGACGCCAAGUAAGCAACGGCAGGCAAAGAUGACGGUGCAUGACCUACCCUAUUAUACAACGCACCUACUCAUCGCCGCCUACCUCGCCUCCUACAACCCGUCACGCACAGACGUAACCUACUUCAUGAAACACACCGAUAAGCGAAAGAACAAGCGCCGGGCUCCCAGCGCCGCCUCCUUCUCCAUGUCCUCAAAACGCACAGGAUCCAAAGUCCGCAAGAUUUCCAGACACCUGCUCACGCCGUCGCCGUUCCCGCUCGACAGGUUGUUUGCCAUUUUCCGCGCACUGUUGGUCGAUAGUGUGCCGCAGGUGGCGGAUUUGUACACGCAGAUUGCUACGCUGACGAGUAUGCGGUUGUUGGUUCGGGCGGGUGGCGCGGGGAGCAACGAUGCGCUGGAGAUGGGGGGAAAAUGGAGAGUGAAUUUUGGGUGGGAGUAUGCGCGCGCACUUGGCAGAUCUGUCAACUUGGAAGUGGGAGAAUACUUGGUCGGUGGCGUCGACUAA